GAUCGCCGUGAGCAGGCGGUCUGCUCGGCGAGCUCGGGAUAGUCUUCCCCCCGGUGGUGGUGCGGAGCCUGGAGAUGGGAGAACCUUGGAUCCUAGAGUAUGUCCCUCAUGGUGAAGGUGGAGAUGGGGAGGAGGUGGGUCGAAGCACGGCUGACGAGCAGGAAGCCCCCAGGGUAGCUUGAACUCUUGAAGGUGUCCUUGGACGACGAUUGGCUGGAGCUGCGUGGAGCUCCGUUCCGGAUUGGCUGAGGCCAGGUGUGGUGAUUAGAUGAUGUGGUGAAGCUGGUCGAGUCUCCCAGUUUGAAUUUUCGCUUAAGCUCCAUUACUUGCUCCUCACUGCAUGAACUUCCAAAUGAAUCCUCACUUAAUUAUUUGAAAUUGGAGCUGGCGAUUGUACUAUUGCUUUUUUUUACUCUUAAUUUAUUUUGUGAUAAACUGAAAUACACAUUUUGUCAUGUUGUUUAAGAAAAUAAUCACCUAUUUUGUCUUCCUUAAUUCGAUCUCAAUGUAGUUAUCUCCAAACAAAUGCUGAAUGUUGGCCAAAUCAAAGAAGAGGUGAAACUUCCUCUUCUGAAAAUGAACAGAAAAUACUACGCAAUUAGAUAAAUAUGGAAUGUGACUUCCCUGAUUUGGUGUGUACUGCAUGUGACUGGCCAGGAGAAUCGCACAUGACCUAAAUUACAAAAACAUUUAAAUUCUUGUGAGAAAAGUUGAUAUAAGCCAUUCCAAAUGUCAAUCAAAAUUUAUAUCUCAAAUAAGAACAUUUUGUGAACAUAUCAAGAAUUUGUAACAUUCUGCACUUCCAGAAACUAUCGCAAAAAAAAUCUGAUGCACUGUCUUCAAAUCAAUAUCUCCAUGAUUUGAAAUAUGACAGAAGUUUAUUUAUGUAAACAAAAAUGAAAUUGUACAAUCAAUUUAAAUGACCUAAGGGAACACCCAAAAACACAAUCUAGAAUACAGUGUGACAGCUGAUAAACAUAUCCACCCAACUACAAUGUCAGCACUCAGGAUCAGGCAUUUCUCUUCAAGACAUUUCUUUUAAAUUGGUCCAGAGUCUGAAACACGAUUUGUAAGUAAAUGAAACUGAUGAGUCAAUCUCAGGUUGAGUGUAAUGAAAUUCUGGAAAUGUCAUAACAUCAAAUCUUCACAUAUUUGCAUCUCUACGGUGGUUCCAUCUCAUUUUGUCAAGGUAAGGCUAUGACGUGAUAACUUUAACAGAUAACUUUACCCGAUAAUAUUUCCCAUUCAACAUAAUUUCAAGAGUCACAAUUUAAGAAGCUGAGAUUUAAACUUCUAAUUUCUUUAGUAAGAAUGUGGUCCAUAUACCAUACAACAUAUGCUCUCAAAAUCUUUUCUCACCCACAGUCCGACUGUGGGUGACCUGCUGCAAGCAGUGAAAAGUGGUCUAGUCAAUCUGCCAAAAACAAAAACAAACAGAAACAAAGUUGUGGAAUAGUUUGUGCAGCAUAUGCAAACCCAGUUCAGGAAUGGCUUUUGUGGUACGUUUUUGGUUCAUGACAUUUUGCCGUCACAAAAACUAAGUUCUGGUGAUCUGCAAAGCUAGGUUCUGCAUAUUUUUUUAGUAGUUGCUCAAAUGUUUCUGAAUCCAGUUGACAAAUAUGCAGUACAGACCUAAGAUAAAGUCUUUGUCAGUGUUUUUCUUGUUGCUUAAAAUAAAUCUUGAUCAGUAAGACUUCUUUAAUAAUAUUUUCUAAAUACCCAAAGUUUAAUAUUUACUAAGAAAAAAAAGUGAAAUCCCCCCCCUAAAGCUACUCCCCAAUCACUUGAAAGGUGUUUCGUUUGACGCUGUGGUACUUGCUGUGGUGUUUUUUCUUCCUUCUAUCUCUCCUCACUCUCUGUGGCUCCCCUGUAUGGUGUUAAUAGUGGCACUGGAUUGUAUUAAGCCCACUUCUGCUCAGCAGCUGAGACACCUACAAUAUCUGACUGACCCAAAUUGAUGUGAAUGAUGGCAGACAUUGAGGAUCUAUCUAGAAACAGCCAAUGGGAGUACAACCUUGAGGACUACUUUGCAAACUUUGCAAACUUUAGCAAUUAUUCUUAUGAUGGUGAAUUCGAGGGAGGUGAUGUUUGCGACCUGAACAAUGGCACAGUUUUUGAAUCCUUGUUUAUACCAACUCUCUACUCGGUGGCGUUUGUUGUUGGUGUCUUGGGGAAUGGACUUCUGCUGGGAGUCCUCUUUCAAAGCAGGAAGCGUUGGAGUGUGACAGACAAUUUCAUCCUUCAUCUGGCUGUAUCAGAUGUCCUGCUGUUGUUGACCCUACCGCUCUGGGCUGCACAGGCUGCAAGUGAAGCUGGAUGGGAGUUUGGUUCUGCCCUUUGUAAGAUUACUGGAACUGUUUUUACGAUCAACUUCUACUGUGGGAUUUUUCUCUUAGCCUGUAUCAGUGUUGAUCGCUAUCUAUCCAUUGUCCAUGCUACCCAGAUGUACACCAGAAAGAAGUCCUGGGUUGUUCAUCUGAGCUGCACAUUGGUGUGGUCAUUUUCUGUGUUCCUCUCCAUCCCUGACUGGAUCUAUUUAGAAAUUCUGAAAGAUGACAGACGAGGAAAUAAAGCAGAGUGUGUUCGCAAUUAUUGGAAAUUUGGCUUCGAUGUCAAACAACAAAAGAUCAUAGGAAGAGGGCUCUACCACACUUUGGGGUUUUUUCUUCCUUCAGUUGUCCUGAUCUUCUGCUACUCCUGCAUCUUGUGGCAGCUGCGAUGUGGCACCAAAGGCCACCAAAAACAGCGAGCUUUCAGAGUCAUAAUAGCUGUUGUGGCAGUUUUCUUUCUCUGCUGGACACCAUAUAAUAUCACCCUUUUGGUAGAUACAGUUGAACUGAACAACAGUAGUAUAGUAUGUAGAACGCAAACAUCUCUGGAUAAAGCUCUGAUUGUGACUUCGUCUUUGGGAUACCUUCACUGCAGCCUCAAUCCCAUCCUCUACGCCUUUGUGGGUGUGAAGUUUCGCCGUCAGCUACUGAACAUCCUGAAGUCGAUGGGCUGCAAACUGAAGACAAAUAUAAAAUUAGAGUCUCUCACCAGGAGAAGCUCUAUUUGGUCAGAUUCUGGCGAAACCUCCAACUCCAUUGCAAUCUGAAGGACAUUGAAGUGUAUGUAGAGAUCAAUAUUUAAAGUAUGUUAAAAUUAAUGUGGAGACAUGUAAUUUACCAUUUUACUGCCAAGUUACUGAAGUUUAAUAACAUGUAACUGGCUGAAAAGGAGAGUGACAUUUUGUAGAAAGCUUUUACAUUCUAUUUGCUGCUAAAUAGCAGCAACAAACAGACAGCAAUGAUUUUAUAUUUUCCAAUAACGAGGCAGCUGUGUAAGAUACGAUAACAUUUUGUGAGUAAAAGAAAAACUUUUAUGUAAAAAAAUUUUUGUAUAAAGAAUAGUUGUAAAUAAUUUCUUAUUUUGCUACAUUUAAUAUGCAUUAUUUUUUACAUAAUGUUAUAACAGAAUUUUUUAAAAUCUAAAGGACUAUCUUUGACAUGCAACUUACAAUGUAAAGUGUUAAUAAAAAUAUAAAAUAAAAGUUUUUCUGCA